AGUACCAAGAACAGGAGACUUUCCACAAACCUAUAUAUAGUUUUCAAAUGGAACCGCUUUUGCAUCCUACAUUCUUCAUCUGAAAUUUGAUUCAUUUUCAUCGAAGAAAAAACUAAGCACAAAAAUGGCAAGCCACCAAAAUCAGGAUUUGAGUCACAAAGCUGGCGAGUUGACUGGUCAAGCUCAGGUUAAGAAGGAUGAGUUUCUAAACCAGGCAUCGGGUGCAGCUCAGUCUGCCCAAAACCAGGCAUCAAAAUUAUCCCAGUCUGCCCAAAACAAGGCAUCUGAUGCAUCUCAGUCCGCCCAGAACAAGGCAUCUGAUGCUUCUCAUACUGGCCAAGACAUCAAGGACCAAGCAACCCACCUCCUUCAACAGACAAGUGAGCAAGUUAGAAACAUGGCUCAAGGAGCAGCUGAUGCAGUCAAGAACACAUUGGGAAUGAAUAGCCCUAACGACCCAAGCAACCAAACCAAUACCCCAAGCACCCAUACCAACCCAAACAACCCAAGCAACCCGAGCACUAGGAUUUGAAGAUAGUUCUCUUUCUUCAACGAUUGCUCUGCCUUCAGUUUCAACAAAUUAAAGCUCCUAUGACCUGCUGUCCUGGCGGUUAGCUAGCCAUCCGAGCUCUAUGGAAAUGGCAAUAGUUUGUUUUCUUUCAUAUGCAAAAUAUUGUAUUUUUGUUCCCUUGUUUUUUUUUUUUUUUCUUUUUUUGUUUGGUAAAUAAAGGAAGACAUGCUUAUUUCCCCUUGUUAAUUAACAGUGUUGUGGAAAUGGACUAAUACUAAGAAAGUGUGUUUUAUCUCAAAACCUUACUUGUUCUCUCUAAUUUGCAUCAUCUCUAUAGCCUCUAAGUUUUCACCCUUUAAACUGUCUAAGAGUUCCACCAAAAAAAGAAAUUGCCUAAGCGCGUCACAACACACACCAUAUAUACAUACCAUAUGUUCAUUGCUUAGACUAUAUCUGUGGGACCAUGAUUUUCUUGGCCUAUGACGCACGACGAGAAGGACCGGAAUGCCCAAGCCCCAUGGAGCGUAGUCCGGCAAGCUGGCUUUGGUCUAGGGUUGGGCAUUCAAAAAAAGAAACCGACUGAACCUCCAAAUUGCACCGGCGGCUUGGU